GGCGACAACAUGCCUCGUAGACGGACCUAGAGGGGUGUCACUAGACAAGUCACCGAGAAGACAGUUUACCAGUUUUAACGACAGGGUCAACGAAGGAACAAGAGUGGUCUUAACACAAGUUUUAAAGUUUUUUUUUGACAGUGAAAGAUACAUUUUUAUUGUCCCGCUACGUGAAGGUGUGUGAGUGGGUGUCCGGUUUCCCAGUCUUGAGGGAUUGCGAUGCCCUCUGACUUUAUCUCCCUUUUCAGCGGGGACCUCGACCUGAAUCCUCCCAGAGCCUUCUACUCGAAAGAAUCAGCCUAUGAUCUUCUUCCUGGAAAGCUACAGUUAUCCUCCACUCGACAGAGCCUGAAAGUCAUGAGUCAAAAGAGUGGUGGAGAGGCCGGGCCUCCCCCUUCAGCAGCUGUAGCUUCAGAUGCCAUGUCCUCUUCUAUGACCAUGGAGGGUCCCCGCAGUGCUUUUCCCACCUCUUCCAGCUCCAUCAUUCAUUCCAGUACAUCAGCCAGUGACCAGAACCUGGCUCACUGCGGCAAUGUCGACCCAGACGACAUCAGGAGUAGCAGAGCUGGGCUGGAGGUUGUCGGAGCAGAAAGUGGGAAUGGUAACGGCAGCAGCGGAGGUAACUGCAGGGGAAGCAGCGAGAUUACUCCAUCUAAGCGCCGCACUGUACUGAACAUCUCUCCACCUCCACAAGACCUGUUUGAUGACAGCCAGAUGUCCUGCCAGGGUGAAGCGUCUUUAGACUCCGAGCAGAGUAACAGCAUCUGGAUGGAUGACUCUCUCUCCAACUUCAGCAUCAUGAGCACCGUCUCUUACAACGACAAUACAGAGGUGCCCCGAAAGUCUCGCAAGCGUACACCUCGCCAGAGGCCUGGUCCUAAGUCUGUGCCUACAGGGGAAGGCAGCAUGGACAUGUUUGAUGCAGACAGUGCUAAAGCUCCACACUUCGUCCUCUCACAGCUGGGACCUGACACCAAGACUGGACAAAAAGGAAGCUCUGAUGACCCUCCGACAACCAAACAGAAAGGAGGAACUCUUUUGAUUCAGCACCCACAGAAGUGUGAGGGGAAGGAGCUGAAGAUCCUUGUCCAGCCUGAGACGCAACACCGAGCCCGCUAUCUGACUGAAGGCAGCCGAGGAUCUGUGAAGGACCGCACACAGCAGAGCUUCCCAACCGUGAAGCUGGAGGGAGUGAAUGAGCCGGUGGUUUUGCAGGUGUUUGUUGGAAACGAUGCUGGCCGUGUGAAGCCUCAUGGAUUUUACCAGGCCUGCAGGGUCACUGGCAGAAACACUACGGCCUGCAAAGAGGUGGAUAUUGAUGGCACAACUGUCAUCGAGGUGUCACUUGAUCCAAGCACUAUGAUGACACUGGCGGUGGACUGUGUUGGGAUCUUGAAGCUACGUAACGCCGACGUCGAGGCUCGCAUCGGUGUAGCCGGGUCAAAGAAGAAGAGCACACGUGCUCGGCUGGUAUUUCGGGUCAACAUCCCCCGUCCAGAUGGUUCGGUGCUCACACUUCAGACUCCCUCAUCUCCAAUCCUGUGCACUCAGCCUGCAGGGGUGCCAGAAAUCCUGAAGAAGUCCCUCCACUGUUGUUCAGUGAGGGGUGGAGAGGAGGUUUUUAUCAUUGGCAAAAACUUUCUGAAAGAUACCAAAGUAAUAUUUCAGGAGAAUGUUUCAGAUGAGACUUCGUGGAAAGCAGAGGCUGAAAUUGACAUGGAGCUUUUUCACCAGAAUCACUUAAUAGUGAAGGUUCCUCCUUACCAGAGCCAAUCCAUCACCUCCUCAGUGUGUGUGGGGAUCUAUGUGAUGACAAAUGCUGGGAGAUCCCAUGAUGUUCAGCCUUUCACCUACACACCUGAUACAGCUAAAAAUGAUAUUCCUGUGAAGAAAGAGGCUCCCUCCCCUGUGAAGACUUGCCCAUUUGAUGAACAAAUUAAAGUUCUAGAUGGUGCCUUGAUACCUUCAUUGUUGCCGUUAGUGAAGAGGGAGGAUGUCACUCCGAUGGAGAUCAGCAACCUCCAGUCAUCAGGUGUAUUUAAGACUAAAGAUUUGUGUACAGCCCAGCAGAGCCCCGAUGGUACUGCAGGCCAUCUAAAUAAAAGCAGACCAUUCUCCAACAGCCUAUCUCAACCUGCAAGUGACUCUGAAAAAAGCCAGGCUACUGUUUUUACCAACACAGAGCCCUUAAGCACAAUCCAGAAACAGGACAUUGCAGCAACCAGUUCUUUUUCAGUGCCUGCUGACUCCUUGCUGCAGCAGAGCUCACAGCAGUUCCUCCUAGAGAGAGAGGGUCUCAGGCAGGAGAGGCCUGGCAGCGGCUCUGGAGCUGUGGGGAGGCUGUGUGGUGAACCAGCCCCUCAGCAGCAGCAGCAGCAGAUACCCCUGUUCCCCCCAGAUGAAGUGGCCCAGCUGGAGGAGGCUGUGCGGCAACUUAAAGCCAAAGGGUUCUGCAAUUUACCACUCCAGUCUGAUGACUCCUUGGCCAAACAGCAGCAACAGCACAUCCAGCACCAACAACAGAUCCAAAAACAGCAAAUUCAGCAGCAACAGCUUCAUCAGCAGCACCAACAGCAACAGCAACAGCAGCAGGUUUUGGAGAAUAUACAGCAGCAGCUGUUUCAGUCACAGAUUCAGAUGCAGUGUGGCAUGUUUCAGGAUGCUUCUCAAGGCAAGAACUCAGAGCAGCAGAGCUCAUCACAAGUAGUGGUGCCGAACCAGGGGACACUUUUCCAACAGGCCCAACAGCAGCAGCAGCAGCAGCAGCAGCAAGCAGCUCUCUUUCAGCAGGCGAGUGACCUGCUCUCAAUUCAGAACAACUUCCUUCAGCAGACACCCACACACCCUUCACCACCCAUGUUCCACAAUCCAACUUCACUGGCUGAAACACAAGAUCAACAGGGGGGGUUGUUUCAAAAAGCCUCCCAGGGGCAAGUCCAGGCCACUCUCUUCCAAAACACCAUGACAGUCCUGCAGUCUCCAGACCAGCAGCCCUCAACUCCUGGACUUUUCCUCACACAAAGCAGCAGUGCUCAGCAACAGCAACAGCAGCAGCAGCAGCAGCAGCAGCUGGCCUUCCUCACUGCCCUACAAACUCCUGCUCCUGAGCCACAGUCAGUAUAUCAGGCUCAGACCCAGCUCUCCCCCAUCCAGCAGAGAGGCCCUAUGGAACAGCAACAGCCUUCCCAGGCUCAGCCCCACACACAGCCAGCCCAGCAGGCCUCCCUGUUUCAGAACAUCUCCCAACAUCCUGCAAACACUCUCAGCUCAGGCCAGCAGCAGCAACAGCAAGCUGGAUUACUGUUCUGCAACAAUCGUCUGUCCUCUCCAGAUCAGACUUCCAGCCUCAUGUUCAGCAGCCAGGGCCAGAUGCCACCACUGACCAGCAGCAGUCUGGUUUCACAAGAGACCCAGAACCCUCCUCUGCUCUUUUCCCAAGCCAGCAUGGUGACUGUCAACCAGCAGGAUCGUUCUGAGCCAAUGGCCUUAGGCAACCCCACAGAUCCUCGACAGCAAGUCAUGUUUCAGGAGCAGCAGCCGAUGCAGCUGGGCAGCAGCUCAAAUAGCCGGCAGGAGCAGCCAGUGGGCCUUUUUAUGCCCCAGUCAAACAUAGCCUCUCUGCAAGGGGAGCUGGCUGCUCAGGAGCUUGCACAGUCAGCUAUGUUUGCCUCACAGAAUGGCGUGGCAAACCUCCAGACAACAACCUCCUCCCCUGUGCAACAGCCAGGGACUCUGUUUCAGACGGCUGUCAGCGGAAACAUCAAUCAGCCCAGCCAGCCACCACAACCAGGACUCUUCCUUUAUGGGAUUCAGAAUGAGUGCGGCCAGCUGAUGAACACUCCUGGAAACACCCUGUCAGAUCAGAUCAUAGCUAUCAGCCAGUCAGGUCAGAACCAAAGAGAGAGUGAAGCUCACAUCCAGUCCCUGCUCAGCCAGUCCCUGUCUCAGUCUGGGUCUGUACAGAACAGCAUGACUGCUUCACAGAACAUGGAGAAGAUUGACGACCUGCUGGUCAGCCUGCAGGAGUCUGGCAGCAACUUAACUCGCUCAUACUAACCUUAAUGCAGGUUCAAAGAUAUGUCUCGUAUUGCUCUAUCAAUCCUUUCUGGUGUCAUUGUUAAAUGUAGACAGAAUAGUCCAAAUACUGUCUGUUCAGUGCAAGCAGUACAAGAUUUAAAACUUGUCCUGCAUUAUGUGUUUAUAUGAGAACAAAAAAAAUACAAACACAAUUAAUUAGAAAAAGGAGCAAAAGUGUUAAACAUUGUCACGAGCCGCUUGCCUUUCGGAGGCGGUCUCUUCCCCUAAAAGCCCAUCAAUGAUGAUUCUCCAGACUGAAAUAAAUUAUGGCUUUUAUCGGACUAACAAGCAGAAAAUCCAGAAUCAACAGAGAUUACUCCUGGGAUUUGGUUUUGGAUUGCUCGGCCAAGAAAAGAGAGUUUCUCUUUUUGACUUCAUGACUGACUGGAUCACCAUUGUUGAAACAUGCAUUGUAUGAGACAAACAGUAACAUAAGGCCUUAUUUAUCAAUCUAAUAUGUGAAGUUUUGUGUAAAACGGUAGAUAUAUUGUCAGUAAUGUUAUGUGCAUCACCUUUCAGAUUGUUUGGUGUUUUAUAAAGUGUUCUCCAAAGUGUUGAGUGGUGCCCAUGAAUGGUGUGCCCUUUACUACUUUUAGUGUAUUUUUUUUUCUUGCCUUGAAUGUUCAGUGUGAGGUUUAGCAGGAACAAGUGGGAAAGACUUGGAAUGUUUGGUUGAAGAUCGUUACUGUUGACAAGGUUUGGAAUGGUACUCACCCAACAGUGCAGAAAGUGAAUGAAGAAGGUUAGAGAGGUUGAAUGAAGCAUGAGGAAGUAGUAAGAAGAAUUGCAAGAAUAAAUACAUUAUUUGAUAUGUUGCCACAACCAAGUGUGUAUCAUAAAUGUAGGUGCUUAUGAUUUAUUUUCUUUUUUUUUGCAGCGAGCUUGCACCUGAUAUUAUUACAAAAAAAACACUCUCUAGAUGUGACAAAAAGCCGACAAAAUGACUCUGGCUUUCUUUUUUUUUUUCUUUUUUUUAAAUGACAAAGACAGAAACUGCUCAGUGGGUUCAAAAUUUAAGAAAUGUGGCUCUUUUUUCCUCUCUACAAAAGGCUUAAUUAGGUUCACCAUAGACCUGUUUAGCCCCCCGUGCUAAUUAAUCAGCAUAAUUGUAGUUUAGCCAACAGCUGUGCCGUGAAGAUGGUCGCCUCCUGCUGUGUAACAUAUCUUUCAAUAUAACAGCACAUCUCCACCACUGUGUACAGAUAGCACUUUAUGAUGUAGGUUAGCAAACAUGUUUAGGCUAACGUUUAGUCUAAUCAUUCUAUCCAAACUGUGUCAGUUUGCUUCUUUUUAGGAUAUGUUCUCCUUUAAGUGCAUUACAAAGAGAAACUUGUUAAGAAAGCAUUGUAGUAAAUAUAUUAACAAUGGUUAGCCUUUUCUUAACAUAAAUCAUCAGUAAAUUAUGAUGCUGUUCUGUGUGGACACUUCACUCACUGAGGGUACAGCCCCACGAGAGGUGGUGUUUCUCCCCCCCUCAUUGUUUUCAGUGAAGAAGAGACACCUCUGUCUGUUGUUUCUCCAAAAUAUCUCUAUAUAGUGUAACAGUGCAUCUCAUUGUCAGCUGUGUUGCAAACUACUCCUUCCCAAAACACAAAACAUUAUUUAUUCCUGAAAACCAGCGUAAAUGUGGAUCAAGACAUUCAAGUCAUGUGAUAAUGUAUCAUCCCUAUGAGAGUACAUGCAUCUACGGUAGAGAGAGUAGGAUGUAUCAUAGUAUAUUGUUGUUUUUGUCAUAGAGAUGAGAUAAUUGUGUGUUUUGGUGUCAUUUUGAUGUCACCAUUCUGCGUCAGGCACGCAUGAACUGGAAUAGUAUUCUUAAACAAGCUCGAAACAAGCCUUUUUUUUAUACUAGUUUCAUGAAUGGGAUUGGUCUAGUGAAUGUCGAGGAGAGGCAAGAGUUUGCUGUCUACAUGUCACCCAUUUAAAUGUAUUAACAUGCAGGAACAGAUCUCUUUUUACAUGUCCUUCAAAUGUAAACUGAACACGUUUUCUAGAUUAAAGUCGAAAGUAUUUGUCUGCAGUUGGCCAGUGGCUUCAGGACCAAAGUUUGACUCAAAUCUCGCUUUGCAUUACUCCUGAUGACAGGCCAGUUUUAUGGCUUUAAGUUUCUUUAUUUCUGACUUGCAACUUUAAAAACUGUAAACUUUUAUUUGUCUCCUUAAGAUAUAUAUUUCCUCUUAAGGGACAAUGUCACAAUAUUAUUUCUUCUCUACUUCUUACUUUAUUUAAAAAAAAAAAAACAUGCUUGUCAUGUUUCAUUUCACUGUGUGUGCAUGAACAAGGGGCUGGUCUCUGAAGAUGACAGGAUGAGCUCAGUUUUAUGCUUCAGUUGUCGUAUUGUUUUGUUUGUUUAUUUUGUUAGAAACACAUUUAUAAGGUUACAUUUAUAUACUCUUUAGUUAAAUCAGAAACUGCUGUUUUUAUGAUGGAUUUUAUGUCACCUUGACUAAUGUGAUAUGUAGAAGUACGGUGUGUCCGUUUGAGUAGUUUGAGUCGUUUUGAAAGGGACCUUACUCCUGAAGGAAACCUGACUUUGGAGAAAAGAGCUAUCCGUGAUUUGCUUUUUUUCUACUUGUGAAAUAGAAGAACUCAGAUUUUAAAAAUAAAUCCCACAAAGAUAACACCGACUUAUCUUUCUUUACCUUCUGGUGUAGCUCCCAUGCCGCAUGUCAAAGAGGCAUAGCCUAUUUAUUUGGGUGUUGGUUCUUUUCAAAACUGUUCCCAUAACUUUCGAGUUGUUCUAACUGUAUUUAAUGACAGAAUGUGAUUUUGGUCCACUAACAUGCCGAUACAUUUUGUGUGAACAAGUGGUGAUGCCUUUCAAAGACAUUAUAAUAUUCCUUGGACACUCUAAAUAACGUGUUAACAUGAAUUUAUUCCUGUUCACAGUUACUCUGGUGAUUCUGAAAGGUUUAGGUGUAAUAAUACACACCUGAAUGUAAAUACCAUGUGCUUGUUCAAAGCUUCAAAUCAGAGCUUCAAGUCCUUUAUGACAAACAGCUGACAACAGGCCAAAAUGGCGCCAACCAGUUUAUACUGUCAAAAUCAAGAAAACAGGACCAAAACAGUUUCAGUAUUUUUACUAUGAAUAUAGUACUGAAUGUGAUUAUAAAGCAUGGCAGUAAAUGUCUUGCUUAGAUGCUGAAUGUUCUUUUAUUCACAUACUGGGGAGGUAAUUACUUUUUAGAAAUUACAGUUUCCUCGUGUGUUUUUUUUACAGUGUAACUAAAAAAUCUGUGAUCCAUUAUACAGUCACUUGUACUUUGUAGGGAAAGUUGAUAAAAAAAGUUCUCAUAUUUCCUAACAAUGUCUCUGUUUCCUGCAAUAGAACAAUGUGUGGUUUCUUGAAACAUUAACAGUUGAAUGAUUACCAACGAAUUGAGUCUAAUUAAGUUAAUUUCAAGAGUGUUCAAACAGUUGAUAUUUUCCUAAAAGGUCACUUUAUAUACCAGUAGAUAUUGUACAUGUGCCUUUAGGAGAGUUAUUUGUAAUACAACAGAUUCCUGUUUAUGCCCCACAUGAUGAGUAGUCCUCAUUAGAAAAUUUGAAGCCAUAAGACUUAAGUGUACUUUAAAUUCUCAUCAACAGUGACCAAGUUAAUGUGGUAUUGGUUGGUAAUGUGUUGUGUGCAAUUUAUGUCGUAUGUCUUACAUGUUUGAAGUAUACAUUGCAUUUAUGUUUUACAACGUAGAUGCAGGCAAAUUUUCUCUGAAACUGCUAUGCAGCUAAUAUACUGUAAAUGUAGAUUUGUUAGUUUUUCAAUAUAUAUAUUUUUCUAAAUAGCCUCUCUAAGGUAGAAAACCAAAGUAGAUGUUCUUUUUGUUAUUUAUGUCGAUGCUUGUUGAAAUAUUUCCUGAUGCCUUAGUUCUGCCUUUAAACGUUUUCUAAAUCCAAAACUGGAUCUUAUCACCUGUAUUAAACAUGAUUUUUUUGUUGUUGUUGAGAAAAGGGGGCAGUCAGUCUUCUUAUUCCCUCCUCUGUGUAUCCAAACUUACUGUUUACUGUCUGUCAAAGUGGUUCCUUAUCUUCCUGACUUCUCUCGAGGUCUCUAAAGCUACCAGGACUUCCUUUUUUAUUCAGACCAAUAAAUACAUUAAGCAUCCUUGAUUUGUUUAGUCUUGUCAUUUUGAAACAAUGAGAACUGCAAAUUCUACAAAAUACAAGUAAUCUUUUAUAAUAAAAAAAACAUGUGCUUCAAGAUUGAACCAUUCAUCGGUAAACAGACUAUUUUGCUCUUGAAAAUAGCAAGAGGAAAAUCUGUCCUCUUUUUAGAACAACUGUCUAUUACCCUGGGGGAAAAUCUUUCUAUAUAUUUGGCUUUUGUUGGGAUGUUUUUAUUUUCUUGCAAUUAUAUUUCUUUAAACUUGCUGCUAUCUGUAUUAAAUGAAAUACCUUUAA